AUGGGACUAUACAAUUUCAUCGAGGACAUUUUCGAUGAUGAUGAUAACGAUAACUCUACAACCACUGAUCCUGACAUGGCCGCCCCGGAUGGCGAUGAAUUGAAAAGCUUGUCACGUGUCCAAAUAGCCGAAUAUACCCUUGAACUAGUUAUGGAUAUAACUAUACUUGCUGCCUCAAUCUUCUUGUAUGUGGGCCUUAAGAAGAAAAUUGCCAAUUUCAUUUCGCCUUGGCUCGUCAUUUCCUUCUUGCAUGUCGUAGUGGGUAGUGUGUGGCAGUUUGUCAUGGAAACGGAUGAUGACGAUUCCUUUAUGGAAGAAGCCUUAAACCUUUUCAUAGAAGUGUUUGUUUCUGGCAUGUGGUAUCCUAUCUAUAAACAAUACAAAGCAAUUCGUAAUCCUAAAGCCGUGAUACAACCUACUCACCAAUGUUAUGCCACCGGUACAUUUGGUUGUCAUAAAACCGCCACAGCUCCGAUAGAGGUUUAA